ACUGCCAAGACCACACUAGUAACCGUGGAACGAUGGCGUCUAGUUCAGUGAAGGUGCCUGUCGUUGUGCUGCUUCUUGCAAUCGCCUGUACCGAAGGAAGUCCCUUUUUCGGCAACAAUUAUGUGCUUCCGCAAGGUGCCCGGCUUGCCAGCUCCGCCACCGCGGUGGUGCGCAAUCUAGACGCCGCCCAGCUGCAGGUUCGUGGACUGAACCCAACGUCUUCAAACUUUCUCAGCGCUGGAGCGGCGGCACUGCGCGAUUACGUCGGCAAUACGACGACCGUGAUGGGGCAGGUGUUCCGCGAGGUGGCACAGGUUGCCGUCGAUCGUACCACGGCACCGGCCGUCGUCUUCACCCGGCUUACGCUGGCCGUCCAGGGUGUGGCACAGUGGAACCGAAACCUAUCCAGCUCGCUCGAGGUGUUGAAGGAGGCGUUUAACUACGACGUGAAUUCGAACACGGCAAGCUAUCUGGAGAAGUUGCGGAAUGCGUUCGGUCAAAACGUGCAAGAGCUGGCGGAAGUACUCGUGCGGUUGGGUGAUGCGGUCCUGCCGGUUGCUGGACAGCCGCUAAACACACAACAGUUUCUGCAGGUAGUGUCGGCAAAUGGGACACUGCAGCAGCUGCUGGAUGUAGUGGAAUACACUGUGCGACUAUCCGGAGAGUACUCUACCAGUGUUAGCACUCUGGUGGCAGCUGUUCGUGCUGCCAACGACUUCCAAGCCCGAUCGUAUGCCUUGCUAAGAACAAACCAGGCAUCUAUCAACACCAACGUUGACCGGUACAAUGCUGCAUCAAACACAUCGUUCUACCGUUUUCUGACGGCGGCCGACUCGCUUCUAACACACCUCAAAGACACGAACGAAAGCUUCGUCUUCCGCUGGCCGCUACUGUUUAGCGAGUCCGUGCAUCAGAAGCUAAAUCUGCUCAAUCAUUCGAUCGAUCAUUUGACGGGGAACUUGCUGCAGCGAACGGUAACGGUCGCUCAGAAUCUCGAACGGACGAGUGCCCUGUUCAAAGAGGGCAAUAACCCACUCAGUUACCUGCGAGAAGAAACCGAUCUGUACACGCGCGUCAUGCUGGACGUACUGAGUGGUGAAAAUUUCUGCGCAACUGGAUUUGUUACGACGUUCAACGCGCUUCCAGCACAGGUGACUUCACGUGUGGCGGCAUGCCUAACCGAGCAGACGAAUCUCGAAAAUCAAGGAUCAUCGCAGUUGGUGUCGCUUGCGAAUAAUUUCCUACGGCCGUACGUUACCGCAGUCUAUGGGCGAUUGAAUAUCUGCUUCCAGCAACCGUUCGAGAGGAUGAGCGAAUGUUUGGACGAUAUCGUUGCUACCAUCGACUUCAGGGACAAGUUCUUCCUGCUCGACCUUGCCAGCCAUCUGUACUUCCAGCAGGUCCAGGAAGAGCUGCCACUGUGCAAUGAUCGCGUAUUGCAGUUCGUCCGAAAUGCUGGACUCCGUGAAUCUUGUCGGAUCAUGUCUGCCGCCGCCGAUACGUCGACGUAUUAUCCACUAGCGUGAAAUUAAAAAGAUCAACAGGGAAUAGCAUUCGCAAGGCGUAACUUUAUUGAAUGGGGCAAUGAUGAACCACUACUUCUUUGUCCACCGAUUACGAUAGCGCGUUCGUUUCUUGCUGUAGAUGCACAUCUCCUGAAUGUUGUGAUAGUUCAGGAAGUACCCGUUCUGCGCUACACAUGCAUUGAAGUUGUGCUGUAUCUCACUAUCCACCAACGAUUCCACCUGUUUUGCCGCAUUAUAGAUUCUUCCAUUAGCCCAAUUGUUUUCGUAACCGUUCUGCAACAAAUUAAAUAAAAACAAAAUCAUCAAGCAACAGUUCAACAAAACUUGA